CCUACGUUGAGACUUCUAUUGAGCUGGGCUCAAGAUCGCCCAUUCAGUUCAACGGUUCUUUGGGCGACACGACAUUCAAGGACAACAACGUCACACAGAAGUACUGCUGCCGCUACCAGGAGCCGUCGUUCAUCCCCAUUGAGCUGCCGGACGCCGAACCGUUCCGGCUCAUUGUCAGGUCAAGCUGUCCCAAAAUAAGAGGUCUGAAGUCGGCCAUCACGCGACAGAACUGGUGGACCUCGGUGGCAUCGAUCACAGAACAGUUCCCCUCCACCACGCCCUACUGGUUGUUCAGCACUUCCGUCUCAGCCUUCUCGUGUUACUACACUCCACCCAAAUACGGCUGCAACCAGCAAGUGUACCUGGACGCCAGCAACCCGUCAAUCACCAUAGCAACACCCGGGACUGAACUCGGCCAGCGUGAGCCGAACAGACGUUGUUUGUACAUGUUCGACGCCCCACCCAACUCUCAGUUCAAGGUCACAUUCAACUUGGUGUCUAUCAGCACGGCUAACGACGAUCAAGUGCUAUAUAAACGUUAUCACAAAUGGCAGGAGCCUAACAAGAUAAACCCCGCAAACUAUCCCUACCAGAUCGUGUCUGAGAGCAACUACUUCUCCUUGGAAUACUGGUCAGCCCACGACAGGUCUUCAUUAUUCAGGGGACUUAACUUCACUGUCUCGGUCAUCUUGCCUGAAGAUCAAUGCUACUUUGACAAGGGAGACGAUUACUACGGUAAAACAGAUGUAACUGAAACAGCGGAGAGUUGUCUGCCCUGGUCUGAAACUAUUGAGUGUGAUAGCUUCUCGACAAUUGCUCGUCAAUACUCCAUUCUGAGUGGCGGAAACGGUUGCCGGAAUCCCGGAAAUGAUCUCAUACAGCCUUGGUGCUACGUUGCCAGGAACGGAUCCAACUGCGACAAACGCUACUGCGACGCCUGUAACGCAAUGGUGCCAGUUGAUUCCAUCAGACAAUGCACUUCACUGAUUUCGGCCAACCCAGACUUCUGCAAAUCAGGGGUUCAGCGCUUCCGCUGCUUCAAGUCAUGCGGCUUUUCACAACAGCCGACAGCUAGAGCAACUUGUGGAGACCCUACCCUACCUGCCGAUGGUGUGCUGGUCGAUACGCCCAAAUCAUCGUACAAGGAAGGAGAGAUCGUAGGUGUCAAAUGUAAGGACAGCGAUGUGGAGCCUGUCAAUGAAAUGAUGUGCACAGCCGAUGGAUGGUCGACUUUAUUACAAGCUUGCAAAGCCCCCUGUGCCGACAAAGGGACAAACUGUGAUAAGCUGAUGGCGUCAUCACCCAAGUUCUGCACCCACCCCAACACCAACGCGACAGCGGAACAGUACUGUUCCAAAUCUUGCGGACGCUGCGCUGGUGGGGAAACGUGUUCAGUGGCUGGCGGCGCCACCUACUCGAUUACUUCCGGGUCAAGCACACUCAAGGCCGGCGAGGCCGUGACCUUCGCCUGUAAUGCUGGGUACUUCUACGUGUCCGGUGAUCUGACCCGCGCCUGUUCUGUCAGCGGUGCCUUGCUUGGGUCAGAACCUGUGUGUCAAGAGACCCCUGUAGCCACUGACGUGAACCUAAAUGGUGUGUUCAUGAGACAGACCCCACUAAAGGACAAAACUGUGCACAUCAUGGACACGUCUGAGUAUAGAAUGCCCUUUGCCGGAAAAAUAACAAGAUGGUACUAUCAAUGUAAAGCCGUUGUUACCUCCCCUACUGUCAGCAUGAUGAUCUUUAGAAGAGCUAGUACCGGCUACACGUUUGUCGGUGCUAACAACGUCACGUGCCCCAACGCCGAAAUCAAGUGGAGUUUUUACGUCCCCGCGGCCAGCCAAAUCACGGUCCAGCCCGAUGACGUCAUCGGCAUGUUCACGUUGGCGACCAACACCAUCUCCACCACCGACUGCAAGAAGGCCAUGGAGAAACUCAGCACCGUGGGUACGGCCACUGCUAACACCUUUUUCGAGCUGACCAACAAACCUGUGGUGACCACCAGCGCUUGUAUUAUGGCCUCGGUGGGAGUGAGACUCGAACCAGUGUGAUGCAAGCAAAUUCGGAAAAAAACAUAUACUGUAAAUGCUUGGAUGGACUACUGCACGGACCUUCAAAUAUCUGUUCUACUUAAAAAUCAUCAUUAAACAAUUUAAAAAAAU